GUGACCGCUUCAGAGAGUCACCUUGCCCCGGCCGCUGCUGCUGCUGCUGCUGCACCGGUGAGAGAGCAGGUGGACCGACCCGCCCAGAGGCACACAGGCAGGCAGACAGCGGGACUCUGAAGCCGGCCACUGACCCACCCACCGACCGACCGGGGGAAACAUGGCGGAGGCAAAGCCCAAGACCUCUCCGAAGGCCAUCAAGUUCCUGUUCGGGGGUUUGGCCGGGGCUCUGGUCCGUGUCCCCAUCAGGGCUCUGGUCCGUGUCCCCUUCGACAUCAGCAUCGAGCUGUCGGCCGGUCUCCUCCGCCAGGCCACCUACACCACCACCCGUCUGGGGAUCUACACCAUCCUGUUUGAGAAGAUGACCAGCGCUGACGGCCGACCGCCCAACUUCCUUCUGAAGGCUCUGAUCGGUAUGACAGCCGGAGCCACAGGAGCGUUUGUGGGAACUCCAGCAGAGGUCGCUCUGAUCAGGAUGACGGCCGACGGACGGCUGCCUCCCGACCAGAGGAGGGGCUACACCAACGUGUUCAACGCCCUCGCCCGCAUCACCCGGGAGGAAGGCGUGGCCACGCUGUGGAGGGGCUGUGUUCCCACCAUGGCCCGAGCGGUGGUGGUCAACGCUGCCCAGCUGGCCUCCUACUCUCAGUCCAAGCAGGCGCUGCUCGACUCAGGGUACUUCGGUGACGACAUCCUGUGCCACUUCUGUGCCAGUAUGAUCAGCGGCCUGGUGACCACGGCGGCCUCCAUGCCCGUCGACAUCGUGAAGACCAGGAUCCAGAACAUGAGGAUGAUCGACGGGAAGCCCGAGUACAAGAACGGCUUGGAGGUGCUGAUGCGUGUGGUGGGCUCUGAGGGCUUCUUCUCUCUGUGGAAGGGCUUCACUCCGUACUACGCCCGGCUCGGACCGCACACCGUCCUCACCUUCAUCUUCCUGGAGCAGAUGAACCGUCUGUACAAGACCUACGUCCUGGACCGCUGACACACAACAACAACAACACAACAGCAACACAACAUACCACCACACAGCAACACAACAA